GGAGGCGGAGACCAAAGGGGACGAUCGCUCGCUCGCUCGGUCUGUCGGCGGCCCGUUCGCUCUCUCGCUCGCUCGGGGGAGGAGGAGGGGGCGGCCGGGGAAGAAGGAGCCCACCGUCCCGGGGAGAGACGAGGCGGCCGAGAGAAAGAGCGAGGCCCCCGCCUCACAACGCCUCAGCAGCAGCAGGUAACACUAUGAUUCUGGUUCGUUUCCAGGACGAUGGAAUCUGUCCCCCUUCAUUAACUUCAUUAAAGAGUUUUCCAGCGGUACAAAACUGGAAAUCCUUUUGACUGAAUGGAUUUCAAAAGUAGCUCUCUGCUUCUAGCCAAAAAAAGGGUCAACCACAUCAAAAUGAAGCAAGUACCAGAGAUCCUUGGAAAUCCUACAGGGAAAACACAGAACUGUGAAGUGAAUCGUGAGUGUUCUGUUUACCUGGGCAAAACACACCUUUCUGCUACACUACAGGAGGACGUUAUGCCGAAAUAUAAUGGCCACGAUGCUCUCCCAUUUAUUCCUGCGGACAAACUGAAAGAUCUCACUUCUCGUGUGUUUAAUGGAGAAUCGGCAACACAAGACACCAAGCUGCGCUUUGAGUCUGAGGAUAUAAAAGAACCGGCAACUCCACCUAACACUACACCUGUCAAGAAUGGUUCUCCAGAGAUUAAACUGAAAAUCACUAAAACCUAUAUGAAUGGAAAGCCUCUAUUUGAAUCUUCAAUUUGUGGUGACAAUGGAAUUGAUGUGUCUCAGGCAGAGGAAAAUGAGCAAAAGCCAGCAAAUAAGGAAAGGAGAAAUAGAAAAAGAAGCAUCAAAUAUGAUUCCUUACUUGAACAGGGUUUUGUUGAAGCGGCAUUAGCAUCAAACACAUCUAGUUCCUCUGAUGAGAAGAUUCCUGCUAAAGAAGAUUCUUCUUUACUACUUGGAAAAGAUGACAAAACUCAUGUAUUGAAGUACAAUGUAGGAGACUUGGUAUGGUCCAAAGUAUCUGGCUAUCCCUGGUGGCCGUGCAUGAUUUCAACUGAUCCUCUUCUUUACAACUUCACAAAACUAAAUGGACAAAAGAAGAGCUUUCGCCAAUAUCAUGUUCAAUUCUUUGGAGAUGCCCCAGAACGAGCAUGGGUGUUUGAGAAGAGUCUUGUACCAUUCAAAGGAGAAGAGCAAUUUGAGCAAUUGUGCCAGGAAAGUGCAAAGCAUUCCCUUACCAAAGCAGAGAAGAUAAAGAUGUUAAAACCUGUUUCAGGAAAACUACGCCCCCAGUGGGAGAUGGGUCUUAAGCAAGCAAAAGAUGCAUUGUCCCUGACAGCGGAGGAACGAAAAGUCAAGUACACCUUCAUUUACGUUAGGGGAAGACCUCUUCUCAAUCCUCAAGUGGCCAAAGAAGCAGGUCUUGCUGUGAAGUCUCUGGAGGAAAUGGAUAAAAUUUACACAGAUGAAGACAUUUCUCAGACUUUGAAAUCAAAGAAAGAAUCUGAUAUUCCUACCAAGAGGAGGAGGAGAGCAAAACUGCUUGCAUUGAAUGAAUCAGACGAAGGCAUUGAACCAGUUAAGAAUAUCACCCCUGAAAAAGUCCUUGAAGGCAGAGAAGCCAAAAGGAGCACAGGGUCUCCUGUUGCUAGGAAAAAAGUUGUUGCGUACACCCCACGAAACAGAAAGGGAGAUGCAGUUUCUCAGUUCUUGGUUUUUUGUCAGAAGCACAGAGAUGAGGUGAUUGCUGAACAUCCAGAUGCCUCGAGUGACGAAAUUGAAGAGCUGCUGGAAUCACAGUGGAACAUGCUUAGUGAAAAACAGAAAGCACGCUAUAACACAAAAUUUGCCAUAGUGACCUCUCCUAAAUCUGAAGAAGACACUGGUUCGUCACAGAAGAAUAUGGGCGAGGCCAAGCGUAAAGUGUUUCAAGAAUCCCCUAAAAGGAGAUCAAGAUCCAGAAGUAACUUACAUGGAAAUAAAAGGAAACCAAUAAAGAGGACAAGGAAACCUAAAGAAGAUUUUGAACUUCAGGAACUUCCUAGGAAAAGGCUCAGGAUGGAUAAGAAGAAUUACCUAAAGAGGGAGACAAGCAAUGACAAAACAGCAAAAACAAACUCAGCUAAAGUCACAGAAACCUCUUCUUCACAAAAGAACCAGUCAGGUCUUUCAGAUGCAUGUAAACCCCUGAAGAAGCGAAACCGGGCUUCAGCAGCAGAGCCGUCAGAUCUUGCCUAUAGCAAAACUUCAUCUCCUUCAGCUUCCUUAACUGAGAACGAGAUUUCAGACAGUCAAGGAGACGAGAGGUCAGAGUCUCCUUAUGAAAGUGCAGAUGAAGGUCUUGCAGAAGCCUCUCUGUCAUACAAGAAGUCUGACCGUGGAGGAGCAACAAGGAAAGAAUACGUUUGUCAGCUCUGUGAAAAGCCUGGAGACUUGCUGCUCUGUGAAGGACGGUGUUUUGGUGCUUUUCAUGCAAGAUGCACCGGGUUCUCUGGAAAGGCCUCGGAACACUUUAUUUGCAGCGAAUGCUCUUCAGGCGUUCACACAUGUUUUGUGUGUAAAGAGAAAAAAUCAGUCGUGAAACGCUGUAUUGUAUCCCACUGCGGAAAAUUCUACCACGAAGCUUGCGUGAAAAAGUUUCGCCUCACGGUGUUUGAGAACAGGGGUUUCCGAUGCCCUCUCCACAGUUGUGCGAACUGUCACGUUGCUAACCCUUCAAAUCCCAAAGUAUCCAAAGGCAAAAUGGUGCGUUGCGUCCGCUGCCCUGUAGCUUACCAUGCUGGAGACGGUUGCGUUGCUGCAGGGUGCUCAGUGAUCACUUCCAGCAGCAUAGUUUGCACCAACCACUUCAUUGCCACUAAAGGGAAGAGUCAUCACGCGCAUGUCAAUGUAAGCUGGUGCUUUGUAUGCUCGAAAGGGGGAAGCCUUUUAUGUUGUGAAUCUUGCCCUGCAGCGUUUCACCCAGAUUGUUUAAACAUUGAAAUGCCGGAUGGAAGCUGGUACUGCAACGACUGCAAAGCAGGAAAGAAAAUCCAUUUUCAGGAUAUUAUUUGGGUCAAACUGGGAAACUACAGGUGGUGGCCUGCAGAAGUCUGCCAUCCCAAAAACGUCCCUCCAAAUAUCCAGAAAAUGAAACAUGAGAUUGGAGAGUUUCCUGUCUUUUUCUUUGGCUCGAAAGACUAUUACUGGACGCAUCAGGCUCGCGUGUUUCCCUAUAUGGAAGGAGACAGGGGAAGUCGGUACCAGGGAAUUAAAGGAAUUGGAAAAGUCUUCAAAAAUGCUUUGCAAGAAGCUGAAUCCCGCUUCCGAGAGAUAAAGUUCCAACGGGAAGCCAAAGAAACGCAGGAAAAUGAGCGCAAACCUCCCCCUUACAAACACAUCAAGGUAAAUAAGCCUUUUGGAAAAGUUCAGAUUUACACUGCUGACAUUUCUGAGAUUCCCAAAUGCAAUUGCAAACCCUCUGAUGAGAACCCCUGUGGUUUAGAUUCAGAGUGUCUAAAUCGGAUGCUAAUGUACGAAUGCCACCCACAAGUCUGUCCGGCCGGAGAGCGCUGCCAAAACCAGUGUUUCACCAAGCGCCAGUAUCCGGAAACGAAGAUCAUCAAGACUGAUGGCAAAGGAUGGGGCUUGGUUGCAAAGAGAGACAUUAAAAAGGGUGAGUUUGUGAAUGAGUACGUUGGUGAGUUAAUUGAUGAAGAGGAAUGCAUGGCAAGAAUCAAGUUUGCUCAGGAAAACGACAUCACCCACUUUUAUAUGCUUACUAUUGAUAAGGACCGCAUAAUUGACGCCGGACCCAAAGGAAAUUAUUCCCGGUUUAUGAACCACAGCUGCCAACCAAAUUGUGAGACUCUGAAAUGGACUGUACAUGGCGACACUCGUGUAGGACUGUUUGCUGUGUGUAGUAUCCCGGCAGGGACAGAAUUGACUUUUAAUUACAAUCUUGACUGUCUGGGCAAUGAAAAAACGGUGUGUAAAUGCGGUGCUCCAAACUGUAGUGGCUUUCUUGGAGACAGACCAAAGAAUUCGUCCUCUAAUGCUUCGGAGGAGAAAGGAAAGAAAACCAAAAGAAGAGCAAGGAGACGCAAAACAAAGAACGAAGCAAGGAAAAAAUCUGAGGAUUACUGCUUCCGUUGUGGUGAUGGAGGCCAGCUUGUAUUAUGCGACCGAAAAUCUUGUACCAAGGCUUAUCAUCUCUCGUGCCUUGAUUUGGUGAAACGCCCUUUUGGAAAAUGGGAGUGCCCUUGGCACCACUGUGAUGUAUGUGGCAAGCCUUCUGUCUCCUUCUGCCACUUCUGCCCAAACUCUUUUUGCAAGAACCACCAAGACGAGACAGUGCUUGAUUCUAACUUAACUGGACAGUUGUUCUGCUCGGACCACAUCGGGGAGAAUUUUGCUGAAAAGAAGGCGAAGAGACCCCCUAGAAAACUGGCCGCACUGAAGUGCAAACGAAGACAAAGAAACAAAUGGAAGAGGAAGGAAUGUAAAUAAUGACGAACUGCAGUUCCUGCUGCCAACGCUGUCUUGUAGAUAAGUUGUGAAUAGGGUCAGGGAAGGACACGUCUUUUACAUAUAUUCUGCAGGAAUUGGGUUUGGGGCAGAUCAUUUUUAAUCCACUGAGCCAACUGCAGCAGUGUGUUCUGUUGCUUCUGCACUGAUCAUGAACUGUGGCAUGCAAAGUUCAGCCACUUUCAGGACAAACCAGGUUUACUCUUCAGCAAUAAUGACAACACUUGAACUGUUAGGAGUGAAAAACCAAUUCAUUCCAGAAUUUCCUAGUUGAAGGUGUGUUAAUUUCCAACCAAUUAAGGCAUAUAUGCAUAGCUUUUUGAAAUAGUAGUCACCACCCAGCAAGUGUUUAAAUAGUGCUUAAGAAAGACAUGAUUAGCCUUUAAAGCAAAACGUUGUGCGUAGAGCUGCCUAUAUUACCUGCAUUAAGUGAGGCAUAUGGACGUCAUACAGUUAGAGGCACAGAGCUCAGUAUAACCAUAUGCAUUGAGCUCUGUUCAGAAGGAUGUCUGGUUUGCUUUGGAUUUUAUUUUUGUUUUAUUGUAAUAUUCUGCCAAGGAACAAGAACAUGAUGGAAACAGGCAGCAUACCACAACGAAAGCUUUGAAAGAAAGAACUGUCUCCUGUUGAGUUUCAAAGAAGGAAAAUGAUACCGUGACCUAAGUCCACAUUUAAAUUGAUAUUAAAAUCUAUGCCCAUUUUUUUUAGAUUGUAUUUGCAUAAUAAAAGCCUUUAAAAAACCAUA